GCCUCGAAUGGAAACACCUGCCGAACUCCUUCUUGAACACACAUGACAACAGCUCCUAGGGCAAUAUAGGCAGCAUCCCUCCUGUGUCCCGGCAAAUUCUGCCCUGCUUUUUUGGCGGCAGUUACAUACAUGAAUGAUACUGUAAUGCAACGAUAGGAUUUGAGUGUUUUAAAAAAAAAAAAAAUACAUACAUUUAUUUUUACAUAAUAUGUUGCUCACACUCGCUGUAGCGCUCUCUGCCUUUGGGGUCAUGGAGCAAGCGGUGGGUUCGGAUCUCCACGACAGUCAGGGGAACCCGCAAGAAAAGAUUGCGAGUCAGCAGAAAGGACGCCUUUCCCUGCAGAACUCUGCGGAAAUUCAACAUUGCCUGGUGAAUGCAGGGGACGUCGGCUGUGGUGUGUUUGAAUGUUUUGAGAACAAUUCCUGUGAAAUACGUGGUCUACAGCAGAUCUGCAUGACAUUCCUACACAAUGCUGGCAAAUUUGACUCACAGGGCAAGUCUUUCAUCAAAGAUGCGCUGAAGUGUAUGGCUCAUGGUUUGAGGCACAAGUUCAGCUGCAUCAGUCGCAAGUGCCAGACCAUCAAAGAGAUGGUUUUUCAGCUGCAGCAUGAGUGCUACAUCAAACACAACCUCUGUGCUGCUGCCAAGGACAACGUUAAUGUCAUAGUGCAGAUGAUUCACUUCCAGGAUCUGUUUCCCAAGGGGCUGUAUGUGGAGCUGGUCAACAUCUUGCUAAGCUGUGGGGAGGAAGUGAGGGAGGCCAUCACCCGAAGUGUGAGGCUGCAGUGUGAGCAGAACUGGGGUGCUCUCUGCAACAGCCUUAGCUUCUGUUCUCCAGGACCCCCGGAGGCUCACUUGCACCCCACCCGUGUGCCUGACUCUGAGCACCACAACAGGGGGGUUUCUUGGCACCCAGUUCCCCCGUCCCCUUCGCCAGAGGAGAAGGACAAGGCAAAGAAUGGAGGUCCUACUUUACCUGUUGACAUUGGCCAGGGGGCCUGGCUCUUGAGCCCAGGGGCUGCCCUUGCUGAUCCAAAAAAGGCAGACUUCAGGAGGUGAAAAAAAUGACUUGUCCCUCUGUCCCCAAACUUCAGACAGUCCUGUACCUGCCCAUCAAUAGAGAAACAACUGGCACAAACAGAUGGACAGAAGCAGGAGGGGUACAAGAGCCAUGUUUCUCUCUUCUGAGUCACACUGAUAUUCCUUACUUUACAACUAACUCUUCAGGGCUUGUGUGAUGCAACACACUUUAUUAUUUAACCUAUACCCAUAUUGUUUUAGUAUUAUUGUAAUUAUGGUUGUUAUUUUUGUUGUUGUUAUUUUACAGGGAAAAAAUAGGAAUAUUAAGUAAUUUAAGAAAGCCUAGAAGGAUUAUAAGUAUUUAGAAAAUUAGGUGGCCAAACAAAAUUAUACUACUAUAGUAAUUGGAGGAUUUCCCUGUUGGUUGACUUCCCCUAAGAAAAGCCCCAGGGACAAACUGAAAUAUAAUCACAGAUGACAACAAAUAAACAAUUAAAAGUUAAACUCCCAUAAAGUGAGACAUAAUAGGAUAAAAUGAUCUCUCCUGACCUUUAAUUACAGCAUUCACAGCACGGUUUUUGAAAACAACCUUUAUCUCAGAAUUAUGCGUGUUUAGUGAGCGCUUC